UUUUUUGACAAAAAUUGAAAAUUAUUAUUCCUUUUUGAAGAAAAUGUUAAGUCACAGGACACAAAUAAGAAAACAGUGAGUUUCUUGCAAUUCCAAGUGAGCCUGCUAGCUGUUCAUUAUAAAUACUAAAUAGGAGAAGCUGAAAGGAACAUCUUAUAUCAUUCAAUAACAAAACUACAAGGUAAGAAGAAGAAGAAGAAGAAGAAGAAGAAGAAGGAAGAGGCAGUGGCAAUGGGAAGUAGUAGAAAACCUGAGUUAUACUUCGUUUUCAUGAAUUAUGAUCCAGAGUAUGAACGCCUUCGAGCUGAUAGAACAAAGCGAGGGGCAUAUGAGCUUGAUUUGUACCUAAGUAGAAAGCAUGACCAGUUAUUGGCAAACAUCCUCGAGCAUGGAAGCUACAAUAAGACUCUAUCGUUGGUCAUUGUAGAUGGCUUUGCAGUAGAAAUCACUGAAGACCAGGCGAAUUUGCUUAGAUCUGCCGACGGAGUGAGGGUUGUGGAGAAGAAUCAAGAGGUUGCUUAGGCUUAGGAAACGUAGCCGGACAGAGGAGGGUGAAGUAAUUAAUAUCGACUGAAAAUGAUGGAAUAAUUAAUGAUCAGUUUGUAAAGUCUUCUGCAAAAUGCCAUCAAGUUUGGUGGUAUGUAAUUGUAGACUAUGAGAGAGUUAUCUCAACUCAUAAUUACCUAAUUAAGUCAGAUUAAUUAAAAUGAUAAAUGCAUGAA